GUGACGGCACUAGCCUGCGCUGUCUAUGUACUGAGUAACUUUUGCUGUGUAAUCUGUGUAUCACCGGCUAAGAGGCACCUGCGAUUUGAUAGUAUUUCACAUUUAUUUAAACGCACGGCUUAUAUUGAAGAUGGAAUAUUUGCUCGGGAUCCAGGGGAAGGAUUUUGUCCUCGUCGCCGCUGAUAAUGUCGCAGCCAGCAGUAUCAUUCAAAUGAAACACGACUAUGACAAAAUGUUCAAGCUCAGUGAGAAGAUUUUGAUGCUGUGUGUUGGUGAAGCUGGAGACACGGUACAGUUUGCAGAGUAUAUCCAGAAGAAUGUCCAGCUUUACAAAAUGAGGAAUGGUUAUGAGCUCAGUCCAGCAGCAGCAGCAAACUUCACACGAAAAAACCUGGCAGACUACCUUCGGAGCAGGACGCCGUAUCAUGUGAACCUGUUGUUGGCGGGCUAUGAUGACACAGAUGGCCCAGGUCUCUUCUACAUGGACUACCUGUCUUCCCUGGCCAAGGCCCCCUUCGCUGCCCACGGCUACGGAGCCUUUCUCACUCUGUCCAUUCUUGAUCGCUACUACAAACCAGAUCUGACCAAAGAUGAGGCUGUGGAUCUGCUGAAGAAGUGCGUUGAGGAGCUGAACAGGCGUUUCAUCCUGAACCUCCACUCCUUCACUGUCCGUUUGAUUGACAAGGAGGGCAUCCAUGACAUGGAGAAGAUCACCAUUGGCGCUAAGUGACCAAUCACGGCUUAACUACAAACCAUGACGCCCCUUGCUCUCUGUAGUUUUUUUUUGUACUGUUAACCUUCUUUCUCUUUCAAUAAAAAAGUGACACACAGUUGAGAUACAAGCUCUUUGUCCCCG